AUGGAGGCAGUAUUAGAACCAGUAUUAGCACAAGUAACAGAAGUAAUGCAGAGAACAGGACCAGGAGGUGGCUGUCAAGUAGUUAAAGUCAUGAUUGUAUCUACAAAAAGGUCAUUAACUAGAGUAAUUGAUGGACCAGUCAGGAAAGGAGACCAUGUCUAUUUAUUAGAGGCCGAGAGAGAUCUCAAAGUAAGUAGAAGAUAAGUAAUAAAUUAC